CGCCCCUCCCGCGGUUGCCUGGUAACCGGCCCCGGAAGGCGCGGAAAGCGCCUCGGCGCAGGCGCUGGCGGGCCGGUGAAAGAUGGCGGAAGGUGGCGGCGCCGAGCCGGGGGAGCAGGAGAGGUCCUCUGGGCCGCGGCCCCCGAGCGCGCGGGAUCUGCAGUUGGCCUUGGCAGAAUUAUAUGAAGAUGAAGUGAAAUGCAAAUCUUCCAAAUCUGAUAGACCCAAAGCUACAGUCUUUAAAAGCCCACGAACACCACCUCAAAGGUUCUAUUCAAGUGAACAUGAAUACAGUGGAUUACAUAUAGUUCGACCUUCAACUGGGAAAAUUGUGAAUGAACUUUUCAAAGAGGCAAGAGAACAUGGGGCUGUCCCUCUGAAUGAAGCCACAAGAGCUUCUGGUGAUAACAAAUCUAAGUCAUUUACAGGUGGAGGAUACAGACUGGGUAAUUCCUUUUGUAAACGGUCUGAAUACAUCUAUGGAGAAAAUCAACUGCAAGAUGUUCAGAUUUUGCUUAAACUAUGGAGCAAUGGUUUCAGUUUAGAUGAUGGAGAACUGAGACCUUAUAAUGACCCACCAAAUGCUCAAUUUCUGGAGUCUGUUAAAAGAGGAGAGAUUCCCCUGGAGCUUCAGCGGCUGGUUCAUGGUGGCCACGUGAAUUUGGAUAUGGAGGACCAUCAGGAUCAAGAAUACAUAAAACCUAGAUUGAGGUUCAAGGCUUUUAGUGGAGAAGGACAAAAACUUGGAAGCCUUACCCCUGAAAUAGUCAGUACACCUUCAUCCCCAGAAGAGGAGAAUAAGUCAAUACUUAAUGCAGUUGUUCUUAUUGAUGAUUCGGUGCCAACAACAAAAAUUCAGAUCAGAUUAGCAGAUGGGAGUCGUUUGAUACAAAGAUUCAAUAGUACACACAGGAUCCUGGAUGUCCGAGACUUUAUUAUACAGUCCCGUCCUGAAUUUGCGACUCUUGACUUUAUUCUUGUGACUUCAUUUCCAAAUAAAGAGCUAACAGAUGAAAGCCUGACACUUCAAGAAGCAGAUAUUCUUAACACUGUGAUACUCCAGCAACUAAAAUAAUACUGCUCCUAUCCAUGCAGUAGCAUGUAGGAAAGAUAAUGUGCCAUAAUAAUAAGGAAAAUACGUAGAGCAUUAAGAAAACAAACUAUUUUUAUUAUUUAUACAGAUAAAUUUCGGUUUUAUUCUUAUUCUGUCUUCCAGCCUUAGUAUAGAUGAAUUUGGACUAGGAAUAGAUUUUGAGAUAAAUAUAUUUGAGUUUUUAGUUGCAGGGCUGGUUUAUGUUGAUAGCUUGUAAAUAUUCGGGCAAACCAAUUUGUUACAUGCUCUGGGUUAAUGUAACAUUUGUUUGCAGAGGAAAUGAACAGAACCCCAUUUUGAUAAAUGCAUUUGGUAAAAUUUGCACUAAAGUUUCUUGUUGGUGCAUUGAUCAACAGCUAUCAGGAAAUCCUCUGAUCAAAUUGGAAUUUUUUCUGUGAUAUAUACUGAAAAGUAUCUGUAUUCUAAUUUUGAAAUACGUUGAUUGUAUAAUUAUUCCUCCUAUUAAGAUUGUAUGCGUCCUUUUUACUUACUGAUUUAGCUACAUUACUAAGUGUCAAAAAAUACGGUUUCGCCUUGCAUUUUACAGAACUAUGACCAUCAUAAACCACAAACAAGGACAGAAAGGUCAGCAGUUCUU